GUAGAUCAAGAGGAAAGAUUUUUUUUGGUAAAAAAUAUCGGAUAAGAAAAGGCCUUCACAUCAAACCCUUCAAGAAAUUGCUUCUGUAUUUUUUUUUCUUUUACAUUGUCAUCCAAAGAUAACAACCUGUCACUCCAACAUCCUUUCCACAAAUGGAAAGCCUUCACAGCAACAUCAGUUCCACCAAUGAGUCACUCCUCUUUAUUCCUGAGCCAAGAAACUGCAGCUCCUGGGAUCAGAGCUGGGGGGGCCCUUACCUGCAUAGGUUAGCACACCUAGAUGUGCAGUUGUACCAAGACUUCUAUGGUGUCUGGGUUACUCUUAUGGUGUGUAACUGUCUCAUGUUGGUGGCUGGUGUAGUCCUCAACAGUUUGGCUCUCUAUGUCUUCUGUGGGGCCUCCACCCACUCUUCAGCCUCUGUGGUUUAUACCAUCAACCUGGCUGUAGCUGACCUGCUGGUGGCGCUGUCCUUACCUGCUCGCAUUGCUCUGUAUCACAGUGGAGGCACCUGCAUGGCCUGUUCAUACGUUCACACCUUCAGCUACUUUGUUAACAUGUACUGUAGCAUACUGUUUCUGACCAGUAUCUGUGUCGAUCGAUACCUCGCUGUCGUCCAUGCAUCCAGUACUCUGCACAAAUGCAGGACUACAGGAACAGCCAGGUGUGUUAGCGCCACUGUUUGGAUCAUUGCAGUAGUGGUCACCUACUCUUUCCAGACCACUGCGUUGGAGUUAAGCUCCUCCUGUGUGCUCCUUCCUGCUCUAUUCUACCUCACCAUCCUGGAGUUCCUCCUCCCCCUGCUGGCUGUGGUAGGCUUCACUCUACGCGUCGCCUGUUUUCUCUCUACCAGCCAUGGCCUGAUGCCCAGGCAGAGCCGGGUGAGGAGGGCACGUGCUGUCAGACUUCUGGCCACUGUUUUAGCGGUCUUCACCAUCUGCUUCACACCCUUUCAUAUCCGGCAGGUGUUGGUUUACUUCCAGGUCAAAGCCGGAGGACAGGCAAUUGGGCAGGGGGCGGGGCAUGUACUUGCCUAUCACAUUACAGUCACCCUAAGCAGUCUGAACAGCUGUCUGGAUCCAGUGGUUUACUGCUUUGUGACAGACAGCUUCAAGAGAGUGUGGAGAUCAAGACGAGGGGAGGGGGACAGGGAGGUGGGACACACAAGUGCAGGAGAGGGAGAAAGGCGUUCAGUUAACGGCACAGCUCUGGCAAUAGCUCACAGCAUGGCCACGCUCACCCUGACCAACUCCCCCCUCUCUGCAGCCCACAUGGAACAAUCCACUUAA